AUGGAUGGACCUUCGUCCGAGGAUACGUUUGGCGUCACAACAGCUUUGCUGGAAAUUAGGCGAUCUCCCAAUGCAUCUGUCGAAGCAGAUCGGGGAGAAGAUGGAGAAGGCGCUGGUGGAGCGGACAAACCUUCUGACAAGGCUGAGAUCAAUCAUUCGUCAAAUGAGCGAACACAAGCCUCCGGGACUGGUAAUACCGAAGAAGAUUCCGACCAGUUUGAAACCUGGGCUCCUUCAGCUCAAAUAUUAAAAUCUGAUGAUGUCGACAACUUAUCACAAAUGUCACGGCGACUACCUCUGGCACCAUCAACUGAAGAACCUCAGCUUUCACCGGUGGACUCCACAGACAGUAGACAGUGGCCGGAACCUCCUCGGAUUACGUCAAACAGAAUCGCUCCAUUAUUUCGUGAAUCGAGGAUAUCCAUAGCUGUGGAUGUCUCCGGAAGCACAUACGGACCAGGCUUAGCAGCAGAAGCACGAGCGAUUCGAGACAUUUGCUCUCUGUUCCCACGUUCCGCCAGAUCAGAUAUUAGGAUUCUACCCUGGAGUCAUUAUGCUUCUCGACCAAUAUCACUGGAUGACCUUGACGAGCUCGACCCUGACGGGGACACUAAGCCCAGCGUUCUCCUCCACGAUGCCGAUUGCCGUUAUGAACUACAACGGUCCUCAUUCUGGUUUCUUAUGACGGAUGGAGACAUCCUGGCCCCUGAUGUUCGCCAGUUCGCUCGAGAACUAGUCGAAUAUGGCCUUCACGGUCUCGCUUGCGUCAUAGCCAUCUUCGGAGAGCGGGAGCAAACUCCAGCGAACUGCAAUGUUUCCGUUGGUCUUUCUGUUUUUGCGGUGAGCCCACAUUGUGCGUUCUUGUACACGGACAUUGGAAGCAACGAGACGUAUGUCCUGCAGACGAAGGGUUGCUUUUCGGCUCUUCUACCAAAAGGCAAGUCAAACCCGAGGCUUACUCAAGCUACGCGCUGGACCGAUUUACCAAGGACAUCGUACGAAAAUCUCUCUCGUGUUCAGAUACCGCUACCACAAUCCGUCAGCAAAGACGAGGUGGUUUUAGGAGACAACACCAGACUGAACCUCUUGAAACUUUUUGAGAGCCCGGAGGUCGACACUAGCAUGGCGAACCGUAUCCUGGACAACGAAGAUAACUUGAAAACGAUUGCCCUGACGGCCAAGCUCAAAGGCCAGACUGAACAACUUCGCCGCUGGCUUGAUUCUGUCGAAAAAGCCUCCGCAGAGACUUGGGAUCUAGCCAACGUGGAAAAAUUGCACGGUGGGCAACAAUCAGACCUGUUGGUAGACGCCAUGACGAAGCUGCUGGCGCCCGAGAGCCCUGAAGAAGGCCAGAAACGCGCACAAACCCAAACACGCGAGGCGAAUACCCAGGACAUCAAGUUUCUUGAGGUUCAGACGCGGCUAGACACGGCUAGGUCUGCGGUUCAUCGGCGACAAUCUAGCAUAAACCACGUACGGAAAGUGUCGUUGAGCUCCUUCGACUUGGCUAAGGACAAUAUUGGUGGGGUCGAGUAUGAAGUCCCUCCGGAUGCUUAUGGUCAUAGAUCAAGGUUCCCAUCGUCGAACCUAGAACCGAUCAUUCAGGCGCCCCCGGCGUACAGCAGGCGCUUAAGCUCGACCUCUCUCUUUACUCCAGGUUUCCAAAAGCCAGAAUUCCAAAAAGACUUUUUUAAAGGCCGAUGCAACCUUUGUGCUAGCAAUGAGCAUGUCAUGGCACUGCUUCUGAGAGUUCCACCCGGUGGCAGUGUGACGGCGAAUUUUCCACGGCCUCAAAGUUCCUCAAAUCUCGUGUAUCCACUUACCAUGGGAAACUACCCGGAGACAGAUAUCAUUUCAUCAGUCCCUGCCUGCGACCCUUGUUCAUUUCGCAUGGCUGAACGGGGGACCCUGCCCUCUGGAGAGUCAAUCGUGGCCUCUCUGCCUCUGGUAUCAUUCGCAAAGAAUCGACUUGCGUGGUUAGAAACGAUUAACGUUGCUACACAAAAAAGAUUCUGCAUGGAAGAUCUUCCCCUCGUAUUCCUUUCCAUCAUGUACACGAAAAUGGAAAGAAUAUUAAAUGAGGAGAACGUCGAAACGACAUUCACAUUAAGGGCGGGGCUGGAAUGGGCAUGCGUCAAUCUUCUUCGAGAGGUCCACAUCGUCCCCAAGGCACACCCACAAACACUCUCUAUUCCGUGGCUGCUCCAGGACUAUAUUCUCCAGAUAUUCAAGAACACGCUUGACGAAGCUUCAUUUGUUGACCUCCUCAGGUAUCCACUGGACGGGUUUGUCGUGGCAAACGUCGCACUGUCAGAGUCACGGCACAAGAUCCAGCUAAGCGCUCAGAAACGUAAGCGGGUUGUGUUCCUUCGAUUCUUAUAUCAUUUAGCAGAGCAGUAUCAGCUACUGGCAUCCGAGUGUGAUGGGCUAGUUCUUGAAGCGUUGAAAAUCCUCAUUCUCCAACAAGGGACCGAUUCAAAUGCUCCGCCGUCUCUUUUAGAUUUGGAUCGAAUGCGCCAGCUGUCUGUUAUAAAUGCCCGAGAUCUCUUACAAAGCUUACAGCGACGAAUGGUACGACGACAGAAAAAAACGCAACACCAAAAACUCUCGAUAUCAGUUAGUGAUCUUCUUAAAACCCCCAUGCUGGAUGAAGAGACUUGCAAUGCCUUUCGAAGACUGGGGGGAUUAUUCAGUUGGAUUGAUGACCAGGCUGGACAUGCUAUCGCGGCGUUCAUGCAUUACUUGUUCUGCAUGGAAGUACCGGAAGUCGAUGCGAGUGACAGAUUUGUCAGUAUCAGAACUACAUCCGAUAUGAGCGCAGUCAUGUUAGAUCCAGGAGGCAUGAGUGCAAAAAAGGUGGAUUCUUUGGUUGAGAAAUUUCAAUUUUUAUAA